AUGCACAUGAUGCCGCCUAUUCCACCACCCGAUUCCACAAAAGAACUCGGAAUGAAUCUUGAAGACCUCCAAGCACCACCUGGCGGCAGUGACACUGGUGGUGGUGGUGGCGGAAGUUCUGUAAAGAAAAGAGGAGCGGGAGCCACAGUGAGUGCUACUCCAAAACAACCAAGAGCUAAGAAACCAAAGAAAGCAGCUUCUAUACCAAAAGAAACAGGGAAUCAAAGGUCAAAAUCAAUCAAGAGGAAUAUGGAUGUGGUGAUAAAUGGAAUAGACAUGGAUAUAUCUGGGAUUCCUAUACCUGUUUGUUCGUGUACAGGGGUCCCACAACAGUGUUACAGAUGGGGUGCAGGUGGGUGGCAAUCAGCUUGUUGCACCACCACCAUAUCCAUGUAUCCACUACCAAUGAGCACAAAACGCAGGGGAGCUAGAAUUGCAGGGAGGAAGAUGAGUCAAGGGGCAUUCAAGAAAGUGUUGGAGAAACUUGGAUCUGAAAGCUAUAACUUUGCUAAUGCAAUUGACCUAAGGGCACAUUGGGCAAAACAUGGCACAAACAAGUUUGUCACUAUCAGGUAA